UGAUUCUUUUUCAAAAAAAGAAAGAGAUGAAGAUCCCUUCAGCAAAAUUAAACUCAACUCACAUAUAAAAGUAUUAUUAUCAACCUCUAACCGGCGACCGGAGACCGGAGACCGACCACCGGAGAUUAUCGUCUUUCUACUGUGCUGGCGGUGACAAUGGAUAUGAUUGCUGAAGGGGCUAUUUCAGAAUUGAAUAAGAAUUCAACUAAUUAUUCAAAAAUAUUGGAGGAAAUAGUUAGGAUUGAGAAAAAGAUAUUCCCAAAACAUGAGUCUUUAUCGAGGUCAUUCGAUCAAGAACUUAGUAAAAAGAAUGGUGGGUUAUUGUUUGCUUAUGUUAAUGGAGAAGUUGCUGGUUAUGUCAUGUACUCUUGGCCUUCUUCACUAUGUGGUGUCAUCACUAAACUUGCAGUGAAAGAGAAAUAUAGAAGACAAGGUUAUGGAGAAGCAAUGCUUAGAAAGGCAAUGCUGAAAUGUCAAAGUAGGAAUAUCCUACGGUUAUCACUCCAUGUCGACCCCUUGAGAACUCCUGCUGUAAAUCUGUACAAAAAGUUUGGUUUCAAGAUAGAUUCUUUGGUUGCAAAAUACUACUCAGCAGAUCGAGAUGCAUACAGAAUGUACUUGGAUUUCAGCACCAGCAACUAAUAGGGAGCUUCUAUCGUGUUAAUUAUGGUUAGUUGUUUCUACGUUCUUUUUAAGACUUUGCAUCUGGUAACUCCAUUCAGGAAUCGGGAGUGGAAAUAUACGUUUGCUAAAAUGACAGAGGUCUGCAUGUAUACUGUUGUGGUGGGUUUUGGUGAUGCUGAAAAUCGAACAAUUUUUGCCUGCUAUUUGAAGAAUUAUUCGUCUUUUGAUGACCUAUAGUUUCCUCUUGCUCAUUGUGGAGAAUAAAUAUAAUACCUAGAAACUUGCUAGAUAGCCAAACAUUAUCUCCUUUAGUUACGGAUAUUAUUGUAUGUAAAUACAUUUGGGAAGUCGAAACUGUAACGUUUUAGCCCAUUUAUAUUGAACAUUAAUCAAA